AUGUCAUCUGUUCGUCAGGUUGUUGGCAAGAAGUAUGUAAGGCUUUAUCCAUCCUCAUUGCAAGACGAACUUUACCCUUAUUCUGAGACAAUGCUUUGCAACUCUAGCCAGGUUGAUCUCGACAACAUUGACAAGAACGAGUUUCCAAAGGCGGCGGGGCUAGAGUUUAUGGAUUGUAUCCUAGAGGAAGGAGAAAUGCUGUACAUCCCUCCCAAAUGGUGGCACUAUGUCAGGUCUUUAACAAUGAGUUUCUCGGUUAGCUUCUGGUGGAGCAAUGAAACAGAGUCCUCUGACUCGUAG